GUUGCCUCUUUGCCGUCAGCCCUGCGUGUGUGGAGUUCAUUGACUGCGACCCUUCAAAUUACUGAGAAAAUGUGGGAUGGACCAGGGCAAGGACCGAGGGGAAGACCCCCAUUCAGAGGUAAUCACCGCGGAAGAGAUCAUCCGAUGCCUGAUUUUUGGCGUAGAGAUGGGAUGAAUAUGGGUCCCAGGGGCCCAAUGGGUCCUCUGGAUCUACCACCUAUGGACAUAAGAAGAAUGGAUUGUCCACCGAUGUGGGGACGUGGCAUGAAUCCGCGUGGUAGAGAUGUGGACAGAAAUUAUUUCAGAUCUGGCCCUGGUCCGGAUUUAGAUUUCCGAGGGCAGUUUGAUGGUAACAGAGACAAUUUGAUGAAUUCACCGGGUUUGUCAGGAUUUGAUAUGGGCGGCAGAGAUGUGCCAACAUGGGGGCAAAACAACAGACAUAUGGACAUGAGAGACAGGGACAUGUUUCGUGAUAUGCCUCGCUUCAAUAAUCUCAACAUGGAUGGGAGAAGAGGGUUUCCCAUGGGCAGAAUGGAAAACAAGGAUGACUUUAGGGACAUGCGGCCCCCCAUGGGCAUUGAUAACCGUCGUUUUAACAUGGACAUGCCUCCUCAUGAAAGGAGGAUGAUGGACAUAGAUAGAAGAGGAGGACCACCUUUUAAUCCAAGAGGUGGGUUUGAGUCGGAUAUGGAUUUCAGAGAUCGGCCCGGUCCGCCAUCUGAAUUUCGCGGCAGGGAGCGCUCGCCUUUACGAUUUGAAAAUGAUGGCCCUCCAAUGGACAGGGCGAGAGCUGGCAUGUCUCCCGAUGCUAGCGGGUCACAAAGAUCUGACUUCAAGGGUCCAGAAGACAAGGCCACAAUUAGUGAGGGUCCAGAAUCGAGCGGUAGCCCCCUCAUAGACUAUCGGAGUGGUGAAGAGAUGACUCUUGCAGAGGAAUGGAAGAGCCGCCAAAAGGAUAAACCCCCUCUCUCAGACAAAGUUCUGGAGGGUAUCUCUGCUCCCGCCUACUCAGCAGAUUUUCGGAGAGAUGCGACCAGUCGAGAUCCACUAUUUCAUGAGAGGGAUAGACCUUCUGUUGACUUUCCAGGGAAAGAUGUCCGCUUCGCUCGCGGUGAUCACUUUGCCGAAAUGGACCGCCCUCUGCUUGGUAGAAACUCUCCACAAGAAAGAAUUCCCCCGUCUCCCACCCCAGCUUUAAGAGGAAAUGAGAAUAAUCGCUGGCUCGCAGAAAGAGACUUGGAACAGAAUCAGAAUAAACCAAAGCUUGGUGAAGAAUACCACAAGAACCAGCCAACUCAUGAAACUGCGGAGCCAACUGAUAGUUUUACGGCACUUGAAGAUAUGACACACAGCGAAGGACAGACUCGGGGUAAGGUGGCAGAACUGGGAGAUUUUCAAAGCAAGGACCAGGACUACAGAGACAUUGAUUACAGGACAGCUUCUGCUAGGAUGUUUGAGUACAAACCGAGGGAUCUUCAAGCAACACCUCUGAUCGCGGAGUCCAAACCAGCCGUUCAACCACAAUUCACUGCAUCUGGAUCCAAGGAUCAAGAUUACAGGAGCGCGUCAGUGGAGGGCAAAGUGUCCACAACGGUAUCCAUAACUGGCAUUCCAAAGACUGCUACGAUGGAGCAGAUUCUUGGUGCCUUUACAGUGCCAGAUGGGGUGUCACAACCAGGGAUGAAGAUUAAAAACGUCCCAGGUUACAGCUACGAUACGGCCUAUGUGGAGUUUUUAAACCUCGAGGAUGCAGUCCGCUUCAUGGAGUCCAACAAGGGUUCCCUCAAGGUUGGCACUAGAACCGUUUCCAUUAGCUACUCUCAUCCAGAUGACAGUGAAAGAAGUGUUAAUUUGCCCAGACCCGAUCUGCCGUCAGAAGAAUUUCAGUCCGGCCGAAACGAGUGCACGCCGAAAGGCCCCGAGGAGCCGCUGCCCCCCACCCAGUGGCAGCGCAACUCUGACCUUACCCCAGAGGCCUGGCAGCAGCAUGUGGACCAGCAGUUUCAGCAGCAGGGAAACGAGACGCAAGCAGAGUCUUGGGGCAACCAAAAUUCCCCUCACCACAAUUACCCUCAGUCCAAAUCAAUCUUUAAGGAUAGUAAAACAAUGAUCAUAAAAAAUAUCAAGGCCACCACAACCAUAGAGGCUAUUCUCAAAGCCUUGGAUCCAUUUGCCUAUCUGGAUGAGAGAAACGUUCGUCUAAUCAAGGCCUCCAAGACCGCUGGAGCAAAGUGCUUUUGCUUUGUUGACAUGGACUCCCAUGAGCAAGUGACACGCUUGGUGGACGUUCUCGUCAACAAGCCCAAUCCCCUUUAUAUUGACGGAGUCAGAGUGUAUGCGGAGGUUGCAAAACCCCUAAAGAACCAGAAUUUCAGAAGAGAAUUUGACAAGCCGACCAUCUUUACUCCAAGCUAUCGGCCUACAGGCACCACAACGGAGCAGCAGUUUUAUCCCCAGCCGCAGCCCUUCAUGCAGCCACCUCCUGAAAUGCAAGCCGGUUUGCCGACUGGUAGCAGCAAUCCACCUCUGGCAGUAGAUGCCAACAUAAGCCAGGGAGUUGACUAUAAUGCCAGUCAAGCUGCGGAUCAGUCCUACCAGGCGAGUGGAGAUCAGGUGCCUGACGAUGCCACAACCACCCCGAGUCAGUCGUAUGAUGCAGAGGAGACGCAAGAUACUUCCAGUUACUUGUACGAUGCCACAUCAGGCUUCUACUAUGAUCCUGAAACCACCCUGUACUAUGACCCUGGCUCUAGAUACUUCUACAAUGCUCAGAACCAAGAGUACCUGUACUGGGACGCGGAAACAAAGGCAUACGUCCCCGUACCUGGAGACAAUCAGGGCCAUCAUCCUGUCGUCAUGACAGCCGAGGACCAAGCCAUUCUUUCAAACCCGGCGGCUGACGCUCCUCUGGACAUGAAAAAACCCUCCGAGCCUCCACUGCCCACCACACAGCCACCCAUUUCGGCCAACAACCAGGAACCUCCGUCUCCUGAGAAGAAAGAGGAUGACGACUCGCUAAGAAGAGACGAGAGGCCAAAAAGUCUCGCUGCUGUCAAGAUCAUGAAGGAUAUGGAGCGCUGGGCCAAGAUACAAAACCGGCAAAAGGAGUGCGUGCGAUCCCCAUCACCGGUGCUGAGAGGCGGCGUGGAUGAUGACAGGAAGCAAUCCAAGUCGGCCGAUGCCGGGUUUGCGGUGUUUGAGAGGAAGAAAUCAGGGAGCGAGGAUCUCUUUAAGAAGCCUCUUGCUCCAGCUAAAAAAGAUGAAAAGCAAAAGCGACCGAUGGGCUCCUUGGGCAUGCUGGCGUCAGACUACGCUGCCGGAAGCGACGAGGAGGUGGAGGAGGACAAGGAGGAGGUGGCACGCGGUGACCAGGUCAGCAAAGCGCCGCCUUCCCAGCGGGAGGACAAGCUGACGGACUGGAAGAAGAUGGCCUGCUUGCUGUGCAGGCGACAGUUCCCCAACAAGGAUGCGCUCGUCCGCCACCAGCAGCUGUCGGACCUGCACAAACAAAACAUGGAGAUCCACUUGAAGAUCAAGAAGUCCAAGAAAGAGCUGGAGGCGCUUGAGAACCAGGAAAAAGAACUGGGCACCAAAGAAGUUGUCAGAUCACCAGAACAGAAAAGGAGAAAACACCAUCACCACCAACAGCCGCAGCAGCAUCAUAACACCUGGGCUGGAGGGUCCAGGGAUAUGAAUAAAGUGAGUGACAGACCUGGUUUGGGCUCAGAACCUCCACCGAGGCGUCAGAAGAAAGAGCAUGUCGCUUGGGAUCACGCCACCUACAAACAAGCAGUGCGCAAGGCCAUGUUUGCACGCUUUAAAGAACUGGAGUGACCUCACACUCUCCCUCGCCGCUGUCCGUCACACUUUGUGAACACAUGCCGCCCCCCCAAAAAAAAACUUCACAAAGAUGCUGAUGGAUGUUGUUACCAGCGGUGUUCAUGAAGGCCAUGUUUCCUGAACUUGUAAUUAUAAAA